UGUCAAACAACUUCACCCUCCACAAGUCACUUUCUUCUCCAAUCUCAACACAUAUAAAACUCAAUCCAAAAAUAAUAUCCCAACUUUUUCUCACAGAAACUUUUCACUUUUCCACACCAAGAGAUGGGGCUUCUUCAUUCUUGAAAUCCCCUCUCAUCCCCUCAAACCUCAACUUUUUCCACCAAUUUCCAAUCUUUCUCCUUAAACAUGAUGAACCCAACGAAACUUGAACAGGGUUUGCUCCAUAACCCCCUUCAUCCCCUCGAUCAAUCUCAACCCUUAAUCUUGAACCCCCACACUCAAAACCCACCACCACCACCACCGCCUCCGGCGCCGGACUUCAGCCUCCCUCCGUUGUCAGAAUUCGACAUACUCCGCUCCUCCUCCGACGAAGAUUCCGACGCCGACGCAUCAAACCCUAACCCCCAAUUUAUAAACCCUAACCCUCACAUAUCCUCUCAAUUCUACACAUUUAAUCUUGAAUCACACAAUUUGAUGAUCCAGUGCAUUCUCGACCGUCGGAUCCCAACCCCCGACGAGAUCACGGCGGCGACACCGCCGCCGGUGCUUGCCAGCUGGAAAUCUGUGUGGAAAGAUAGAAAUGAAGAAACUGCUUAUGUGACUGCAUGGAAAAGAAUCCAGGAUAAACUCACAGUCAACGUUGGUCAAAAUGGUAAUAAAUUUCUUUGCUUUAAGAGUAAUUUGAAUAACCAAUUUGUUUCACAUACUAGUCAGUGGCAAGAUAUAGUGAUGAGUUUUCAUGGGGAUGCUGAUUUGAAGCAUUUAGGGUUGAAAGAAACUUUGGAGAGGAUUAAGCAGGUUUGGAUUGUAGGUGCUAAGUUUUACGGGAUACCCGAAUCGUACAUUAGGGCUUGUGUGGCUGCGUGUCGGGUUUGUUCGGGUUUGGAUGGGUCGGGUUUAGGGCGGGGGAAAAGGCGGAGGUUUGAGUAUACGGAAAGUUUCGAGGUUUCGGCGAAAGAUGUGCCGAGUAAGUUGCAGAUGUUGGCGGCUAAGCAUAAGGUUGUGUUGUGUAUACGGCAGAAGUAUAUUAGGUAUAAGCCGUUUAUGGCUGAGGUUAAGGAUUAUGCGUGUCAUCGAGCGGGGGAGCCGGGUUCGUCGAAUAAGAAAGCUAGGGUUUUGAAGAGGGAGCCUUAUGCGUCGAAGCGGUGUGGAUGUGGGUUUCGGAUUAGGGCGAUUGUGCCGAUUUGUGAUUAUAAUGAGAAGGAUAAGACGUUUGUUUAUCAGGAGGAAGGGGUGGCUGUGUUUAAGUUGUACGCGGUUCAUACGGGGCAUGAGCCUGGUCCGUUGGAUGGGAAUGCGAGGAUUAUGCAUCGAGUUGUUGGGCAUAAAGGUGGGUUGUUGACGGAUCAAGAUUUUGUUUAUGGAACAAGUGAUGAAGCUGAAGAUGAAAACUUUGUGGGGAGUGACGAUGGGGAUAUGCAGCAUUCGGUUUUGCAACAAGUAAAGGAAUUAAAACAUGAGGUCCGGCUUCUUGAAGGGAAAAUUACAAAAAUGCCAUCGGAGGUUUUAAGUUCGGUGUCUCAAGAAUUGUUUGAUCUUUUGAAUAAAGUUAGAAAUGUAGGAGAAUGCGGGUCAAAAUCAGGAGAGUCGGCUUUGGGAAACGAGUUAGUGGUUUGGAAUGGUGGUAAUAAUACGGAUUUGAUUGAAGAUGAUGACGACAGUUUUGAGCCGAUGCUUGGAGACGUUUGUUCAUGGGGUCAAAUAAACGGUGACACUAGCAAACCUGAUAAAUGGCUAAAAUGCAACGGAUUUGAUGAAAAAACGAUACUUGAUCGUGAGGAUUCCAAGGUAAUAAAGUCUGUUAGGAAUGAUGAAACGGACACAGACGCCCUUGUUGGUUUGCAAGUUGACAGUUUCUACCCUGAGAAUCCUAAAUGGUAUGAUGAUUCACUGUGUGGUUUGGACCCCGGUUUGGAUUGUGGUAGCAAUGGGUUCAGGCAUGGGGAGAUUGUGUAAAGUGGGUUAGUCGUUUGUAACUAAUCUCGAGUUUAUUAGGUGUAUAUUUGUGUACUCGGAAGAAUGAUAAAGUACAGCCUUUUGGCUUCUUUGCACAUACUUCUUUAUGACCAUAUCUUAACCUUGUGGUACAUCAAUGAAAUUAUUAUUAUUUUCUCCCAA